AUGCCAAAACGAACCACACUCACCUACUCCAGCGAGGAUGCACCGGAAGUAGCUGGAGAUCAGCUGCACGUGUACUACUGCAAAUACUCUGGCAGACAUGUCCUCACCACGAAUUGUAACCUCAGCAGAGCUCCAAAACGCAGAACGGAUGGCUCAACAGUACUGGACACAGCAGCAUACACCUACAAGCUGUACACGGUGGACGGCGGAAUAAAAGUGUUGAAAAGAAAGAGUGGCGAAAUAGAGAAGCAGUACCGGCAGAAUGCCGGCAAGCUCCCCAUAGCUUACAGGUCUGAGCCGGAGGGGCGCUUUCUCUACUUGCUCAAGGACUCAGUGACAGCGCAGUCACUGCUGGAUGGCGAGCGCGGGGGCAGGGACAAGCCGCCGGUGCCGCCAUGCAUCCUGCCCAUCGACAACAACACCACCCAGAUCUCCCUGGAGAUUGACGACAGGGCGGACAGGCCGGAGAUCAUCAAGGUGUCAGCAGACGCGGUGCGGAUAGCGAUCACUCACGGCAUCGCGCACGAGGCGGCCGGAGAGGAGGCGUUGGAUUUCAUGCGCAGCGUGCUUGGAGUGCGGCUGGGACAGCUGUCGCUGAUGCGGGGGGAGAGCACGCGGCACAAGCUCGUGCUGGUGAAGGAUCUGGCGCCGGCGGUCGCCUUUGACAAGCUGCAGGCGCAGCUGAACAAGCAGAAGGCGCUUUGA